CCCUCAAGGCCCAAUGGCGACCAAGAAUUAUAAGCAAAAUCGUAAAAAGCUAUUUGAAAUGAUCCGUAAAGAAAAAGAGGAAGCCAAAUUAUACAAAGAUAGUGCGAAGCUUAAAGAGAUAAAGGACAAAGAAUAUAUACUAAAACAAAUGGAAAAGCAACAAGAAAUAGAAGAAGAACUUCAAAUGGAAAAGCUUAAGUUAGAACAAAAUAGGGCAAUAUAAUGGAUAAAAAGAGACAAAUAGAGGAACAAAACAGAAAGAGAGAAUUGGAAGAAGAGGCUCGAAAAUAAGUUAAACAAAGAAAAGCUCAAGAAUGAAUUAAGACGAAAAUAAGAUAAUGAACGUCAAGCAAAGAGAAAAUGAAGCAUUAGCUCAGAAAUUCCUUGAAGAAAAACUUAAAAGGGAAGAAGAAAAUCGUAAGAAAGCUGAAGAGAAAAAGAGACAAGAAGAAGAGGAGCAGCGACAGCUCGAAGAACAGCAUAAAGAGAUGGAAGAACAGCAGAGAUUAAUGGAAGAGGAGAAGCAAGGUAAGUAUUUAGACUUUAAGGCUCAAUUUUUACCGACUAACCUUUCCAUGCAGAGAGAUUAGCAAUGCUUGUCCAAAACACCAGUUCUAUCUCCCGUAAUUCAAAUCUAGAUACGGAUGAGGAUAAGGAUCUGUCGAAUCGUAAAAAGCUGAAAUUCAAUAUUCUCGAGAAUAUUAAAAACAGAGAGAACUUACAGUCACUGCUUGAUCAUUCAUUUCUAGAGAAACGGCAGAGAAUAUUGAAAAACAAGCAAACUAUAGAGAAAAAGUAUUCUACUUCCCUGUCACCAGUCAAGAGGCCUAAGCCAAAGAAGUUCUCAAAGAGCUCCUCGAAAAACUCUGGGGUGUGCAGAGAUUCUUCUGGAAGCAGGCUUCCUCCUAUCACCCUCAAAGGAAGCCAGAGAGAUAGCUUUGAGAUGUCAAGUAUCAACGAUAUUAAGAGUACCAAGAAGAACACACUUAAGAAGAAGAUCACUCUUCGAAGGAUAGAGAUGUCAGCAUCUGCUGAGCGGAAGAAGUUUGAUACUGCAAUAAAGAAAAAUAGGCAAAUUGAGCUUUAUAAUCGCCUAAAAUUGCUUGACUCUAUUGGGGCCCAAGGAGACGGUCAAAUUGGACCACUCAGAAUGGGCUAUAAGAAAAAUUUGAAUGUUAGCUUAAACCCUGCUCGAGAGAAUGUACAUAAAUAUGAACGAUAUCUUGAAGAUCAGACAUUACUAACGCAAAGUUUUGAUAAUUAUAAGCCUAAGAAACGGAGGUAUAAUGUUAAGAAUUCUGAUGAUCAUACUCCUGUAUCAGUGAAGGAUUCUAUCAACUCAUUUAAUCUCCAGUUUAAUAACAGAAGGGCUACAAAGGAUUAUGCAACUGAGAGUACAGGUUUGACUUCUGCUGAAAAGAGGACUCUUGAAUCAAAACAGAAGAUCCGAUCUCUGAUAGAACUAAAAGCUGGAAAGAACUUUACUCCCAAGAACCUUGAGGCUGACCAGGAUAUUGACUAUUUCCAGAAUGAUACUUCAGACUUGUUGAUUAAUAUUAACGUGAUGGAUUCAGGCCAAACAUCUUCGAAAUACUCUAUGAACACUGGGAAAGUUAAAUCCAAAGCUGCAAUCUCGAAAGAGCUCCUUGCAAGAGAGAUUGACAACCUAAACGAAGGGAUGGACCCUGCGUUCCACUACUUCUCCAAAGACUUCGAAGAGUUGGCUAAGAACAAGGAUAUUGCUAAAAAUUCUACUGAAUGGGGUCAGAGUAUUUCACCGAAUUAUCUUCUUGGGCUCAAGAUCAAGCAAAGGCAGAAAGAGUAUUGGAAAAAGAGAAUACAAAGGGACUUUAGCCCAACUAAGAAUAAGAAACAGAAGGAGUCAAGAUAUGAUAAGUUUAGUCUGAUGCAAGAGCUUGAGAAGAUAGAAGAAAGGGAUAGCUCAAAAGGGAAGAUCAGGAUGAAGUAAUUAUAAGUUUUCUU